GUCGCACUCCGAACAGCUCCAGUUGGGAUGCAGGAGGAGGCUGCGACGGCGUCUGGUCGGUGUGUCCCUCCAGGUGGCGGCCGCCGGGGUCUGGCCGCUCCACGUCUCCUCGGCCUUUCCCCGGUGUCUCGCUCGCGACUCUGAUCUCCCCAUCGCUCCUCGCCGCGGAGAGCCCUGCAGCGGCGGGGCGGUCCCCCACCCCGCCGUCGCGCCUCUGCACAGCCCCCGGUCGCCCUCUCGAGUGCCCAUCCGAGUGGAGCGGCUACCUUCCAGCUCCUCAGUCUGGCCUCCCGGGAAUCAUCGGGACCCGGCUGGCGCCUGGGUCCCUGGCGUAGACGCGGACACAGACAGCUAGAUAACGGCGGGGCCCCCGAAGACGGGGCCGUCGAAACUCGAGACGUUGACCGGACAUAUUUGGAAUAUUUCGGAGGAAUACUGUGAAUUGCGGUGGCACCAGAGCCUCCAGCAAAUUGAAAUUUAAAUCUUACCGUGGUAGGCACCACCAUGACACUGAGGCUCUUAGAGGACUGGUGUAGGGGGAUGGAUAUGAACCCUCGAAAAGCGCUGUUGAUUGCCGGCAUCCCCCAGACCUGUAAUGUGGCAGAAAUGGAGGAGGCUCUGCGGGCUGGUUUAGGUCCCUUGGGCGAGUACAGACUGCUCGGGAGGAUGUUCCUGAGGGAUGAAAACAGGAAGGUGGCCUUAAUAGGGCUUACCGAGGAGACUAGUUAUGCUCUGGUCCCUAAGGAGAUACCUGGAAAAGGGGGCGUCUGGAGAGUGAUCUUUAAGCCCCCUGACCCAGAUAAUGAAUUUUUAAGACGAUUAACGGAAUUCUUAGAGGGUGAGGGUGUGACAUUAGGUGAGUUGACCAGAGCCCUUGGGUAUGGAAACGACCCUUUUGACCUAGACCAGGACAUGGUCCCAGAAAUACGGGCCCCUUUGUUGGCACAGGCAUUAGAUGAGGCUCUGCAGCCUGCCCUGCAGUACUUGAAAUACAAAAAGCUGAGAAUAUUCUCAGGCAGUGAUCCUCCAGAACCAAAAGAGGAAGAAUUUGAACCUUGGCUGUUUCAUACCACUCAAAUGAUGAAUACGUGGCAGGUGUCAGAUGCUGAAAAAAGAAGGCGAUUGCUAGAGAGCCUUAGAGGCCCAGCAUAUGAUAUUAUUCGUGUCCUCAAGAUAAACAAUCCUUUAAUUACAGUCCCUGAAUGCCUGCAGGCCCUUGAGCAGGUUUUCGGGGUUAUUGAUAAUCCUAGGGAGUUGCAGGUCAAAUAUCUGACCACUUACCAGAAGGAAGAAGAAAAACUAUCUGCUUAUGUUCUAAGGCUGGAGCCUUUAUUACAGAAACUGGUAGAGAGAGGAGCAAUUGAGAGAGAAGUUGUGAAUCAGGCCCGCCUAGACCAAGUCGUUGCUGGAGCAGUCCACAGAACACUGCGCAGAAAGGUUGCUCUGACAGAGGACGGCUUGGCCCCUGGCUUAUUAGAGUUACUGGCACUGAUAAGAGAUGAAGAGGCAGCUGAUGAGGAGGAGGAGGCCCUUCUCCAGGCAGGAUUAGAGGGGCAUUUCACCUGAAUCUUAGGAAACCAGGAAGGGGUAUUUGACAGCCGAUCAUGGAGGCAGAACAGUCAGUAUACUCCAGUGAUAGACUAACCAACUCCUACCUUGUGCCAGGUGGCUCAUUCUUGUAUAGUUCUCAGUAUAAAUUCAUUGUCGUUUCUGUGCCAAUUUAAUGUCUCCUAAAUGUGUCAUUGAUUAGGAAGGCUGUAGCUUUGCACUGGUAUUUAUAUAUUUAAAUUCACCCGUGUGAAUUUUUUGUCAAAAUAAUUGUACAAAGGUCUGUCACUGCACGUGUGUGAUACUGUGAGAGGAAGGCAGGGGUCAGGUGUGUCUGCCGACCAGAUCUUGUGGAGAUGUCAUAUUGUGUGGUAACAGGUGCAAGUGUAGCGUUUCAGAUGUGAUAAUGUAUCAUAGUUUUUAGGUGUGUAUUGUCCUCUCUUUAUCAUGAAGAUUGUGAGCAGUGCUUAAGAUAUUUUCUGUGAACCAGAAUUUUAUUGUUUCUGUGCAAUCAAAACGAGGCAGAGUUAAAUGCUGAGGGUGUGGACAGCUGCCAUGUCUAAUCCCAGGUUCCUAAUUGUGUGUCAUCAAAACAUCUAGUUCUGAAUGUCAUUUUAAUAGGUGUUGUAAAAUUACAGGCAUGAACUCAUAAAAUAAAGGAAUGCUAAUAAAAUGA